AUGGGUGCCAACCUGUCAUCCACCUUUGAGCCCGACACCUCCAAGGUUGUCCUCAGCCCGCAGGAUCGAUUCGCCGACAUUCUCGCGGCUGCUCUCUGGGCGGGCUCGCUCUACGCCAUCGUCAUGAUCUGGACGACCUGCGCGCUCAUCGAUCGCUGGAGAGGCCCCUCCGACAAGAUACGAACGGGACCGGGGUCAGUCGUUGCCGCGCUGGCGCUGUCUACGGCAUGGCCUGUCGUCAUGCUAUACAUGGUGAUGAACAGUUAA